CUGGACCUACAUUCACAGCUUGUUCCGGUGUCCCCAAGUGGCAAAGAAAAUCAGUUAAUGCAAGUUUAAGCUAAUGGGGAAACAAUAUACGGUUAGGUGACCGCGGCUCUGAUGUUCCUCUGUGGUUGCUUGGGAUGGACUUUCCUGGUGUGUAGGCCUAUUCUCCGCUGAGAUGCCUGGGGACACUGCUUCCCUUCACCCCAGAGAAAGUCAGUAUGCUGUCAGCAUUGAUCGCUCCCUUCAAGUACAUAAGCCCUGGGACCAGCAGCACGGAGGACGAGGACAGUUUAAGUACCAGCAGUGCUGAGGUAAAGGAAAACCGUAACAUUGGUAACUUAGAGGAUCGCUCCAUAGGGUCUGCAGAGUGCCAGUCGCUUUUCUGCUCCGACUCUGCGAGAAGUGGCAGCUCCGGUCUGAAGAGGAAACGGCCGCUAGAGGAGGAAAACAACGGCCACUUGUGUCAACUCCGCCUGAUCUAUAAGAAACUGUCCUGGUCUGAGGCACCAAAGAAUGCUUUGGUGCAGCUGAAUGAGCUCCGGCCGGGCCUGCAGUACCGCAUGGUGUCUCAGACGGGCCCUGUCCACGCUCCUGUCUUCUCCAUCGCUGUGGAGGUGAACGGGCUGACCUUCGAGGGCACGGGCCCCACAAAGAAGAAAGCGAAGAUGAGGGCUGCCGAGCUGGCGCUCAAGUCCUUCGUCCAGUUCCCCAACGCUCCUCAGGCCCACCUGGCCAUGGGAAACAUCUCAAACCCUUCGGCUGACUUCACCUCGGAUCAGGCGGACUUCCCUGACACGCUCUUCAAGGAAUUUGAGUCUUCGCCGUGCUCCGAUGGCCUCUCGCUCUGCAACGCAGCAGCAGAGAGCGAGCUACUGUCAAGUGAGCUGCUGAGACACGGACGGUUGCUUCGCCAUACCUUGGACCUGAUGGUGCAGGCUCAGCAGAGGCUAGGUGGGAUUGUUCCGGAGCCAGAGGCCGCCAAGAGCCCCGUGGCGUUGCUCAAUGAGCUCCGGCCGGGUCUUCGCUAUGCCUGCCUCUCGGAGCGAGCUGAAGGCCGGCGGCUGCGUAGCUUUGUGAUGGCGGUGCGCGUGGACGGGCAGAUAUUUGAGGGCUGCGGUCGCAGCAAGAAGUUGGCCAAGACCCAGGCGGCCCAGUGUGCCCUUCAGGCCCUCUUCAACAUCAGGACAGCCCCCGAGGGGAGGACAGGCCUCAAAGCCAGCAGGAAGAGCUGUCCUCAUUUACCCCAGGACUUUGCCGAUUCAAUAUUCCACUUGGUGAGAGAGAAGUACCGGUCGCUGGUGGGCAGCUGCAGUCCUGCGCACGCUCGACACAAAUCCCUGGCAGGCAUCGUAAUGACCCGAGGUCUGGACCUGAGGCACGCCCAGGUGGUGGCGUUAUCCACGGGCACCAAGUGUAUCAACGGGGAGUAUCUAAGUGACCAGGGACAAGUGGUCAAUGACUGUCACGCUGAAAUCACGGCCCGCAGAGCCCUGCUACGCUUUCUCUACUCUCAACUUGAACUCUUCUUGAGUAAAAGGCCAGAGGACUGGGAGGAGUCGAUAUUUGUGCGGCACAAGGAGUGCGGCUACACGUUGAGAGACAAUGUCCAUUUCCACAUGUACAUCAGCACGUCGCCGUGUGGGGACGGGAGGCUCAACUCGCCCUAUGAAAUCACCACAGACUUGCACAGCAGCAGACACCUCAUGAGAAAGCACCGCAGCCACCUGCGGACCAAAAUCGAGUCAGGCGAGGGGACGGUGCCGGUGCGAUGUCGGGGGCCCGUCCAGACGUGGGACGGCGUCUUACAGGGCGAGCAGCUCAUCACCAUGUCCUGCACCGACAAGAUCACCAGAUGGAACAUCCUCGGCCUGCAGGGGGCGUUGUUGAGCCACUUUGUGGAGCCGGUGUACCUGCACAGCGUGACCGUCGGCAGCCUGCGCCACACGGGCCAUCUGGGCAGAGUUCUGAACCAGCGCCAGGAGCGCCUGGGUCCACUGCCCGCCACGCACAGACGCAACCAGCCCCUGCUCAGCGGGCUGAGCAGUGCUGAGUAUCAGCAGCCGGGGAAGGCUUCAUGUGUGAGUGUCAACUGGACGCUGGGUGAUUCACAGUUGGAGGUGGUCAACACAGCCACCGGACAGAGACGGGACUCAGGGACACCCUCGCGGCUCUGCAAGCGUGCCCUGUUCACACGCUGGAACAGACUUUACCGCAAGUCGGGGAUCCACGUGUCCGGCUCGGUGGAACGCCAGCUCAUGUACUGCGAGGCCAAGAUGGCGGCACGUUCUUACCAGACAGUGAAGCAGCAGUGGUUCAGAUCACUGCAGGAAAUGGGCCUCGGGACCUGGGUCAAGAAACCGCCCGAGCAGGAACAGUUCCUGCUGUCGGACUGAGGAAGAGUGUGUGUGUGUGUGUGUGUGUGUGUGUGUGUGUGUGUGUGUGUGUGUGUGUGUGUGUGUGUGUGUGUGUGUUUGCGUGUGCGUGUGUUUAACCUUUAUUUUUUUAGGGUAAGAUGCCAUGCUCUUUACCAACAUCUGCUUCACACCUUCAUACCAGGAGGUUUAGCAGUCCAACCUCUAAACUCAAGGCCAUCACAACCGUGUGUGUGUGUGUGUGUGUGUGUGUGUGUCAUUCUGGAUGUGUCACCCAUCCACCCGACAGAAACACGUCAAGAGGAAGGUCAACUGAGCGGGCUGAAAAGAAAACAGACAUAAAAAGAUGGACCCUUUCUUUGACUUGCCCUUCUUCAAACGCACAAAAACACACGUUUAAGCAAACACACACCUAAAUACCCCCCUCUCCGGUUGUCAACGAAGGCUGGGGUAACCUUGAGCAGAAUGAAAGGCAGCCGCUAUCUUGUCAUCAGCUAUUUCCGGGCCCCAAGGCUCCCGCUGAGGAGCAGAGCCACGGGGGAGAAAGAAAGAGAAAAAAAAGAGAGAGAGAGGUCCACGUCCAAUUACCGGCCCUGUCAGGGUGACGGGUGAUAGAAGAAGAGGAAGGGAAGGGAUGGGAAGAGAGAGUGAGAAAAAGAGAAGGACAUACAAUUGCUUCAGCCCACCUCACCUUCCCGUUCUCAUUUCUACAUUUGUCCUUCUUCUCCAGCUCACCCUUUGACUCCUGGCUUCCUCCUCCUUUUGUCUCCAUCUCUCCCUCCUUGCCCUCUUUCCAUUUCCUUCCUUCAUCCACCUAUUUUCCUUACCUUCUCUUUGUCACUCUCUCCUCUUUGCUUGCGUCUACCCCUCUGCCCCUCCAACCUUUCAUGCGCGGCAGAGGUUAACACGACACGACGACAGGUUAAUACACCCUCUUUUUUUUUUUUCUCCCACCCUUCCUCACCCCACUGGGGAGAGAAUCGAGGCAAGGUACAUAAACGCAGCCAUUACAGCUUGCCUAAGUACAGGUGGAGGUGAUGAUGUUUUUCCCUCUCUUUCAUCCUAAAUGCAUUACUUUUCUCUUUCUGUCUAUAGACCUGGUUGAGCUCAAUUUUCAGGCUGAAUCUGAAUCAAAGCUUGUUGUCCCCAAUUUUCAGUAGUGACUCAUUAGCGAGCCCUUGUUGACCUGAUCGACUUGUGCUUUCUCUCAGUGGUCAUGACCGCCCUGAACAGAUAAUAGUCAAGGUGGCGAAAAGGUUUUGUCAGCCCACGCCCACCUCACUGUCAUCUCUGCGGUCGACUUGAGGAAUUUCAUUUUGAAACACCGUUUUCUACAAACCUCAACACACAACUAACUAUCAGCGAGGUGAAUAUGGAUAUCCCUGAUCACCACCGUGUACAUUUGUACCUCAUACUAUUUAUAUGUCUGCAUAUUUCAUGAUGUAAACAUACCCGUGUGCGUGUGUGAUUUUUUAAAUUUUUUUUAUCCAGCAAGUGUUGAUAUUCAUUGUGAUCAUGACUGUGUUGUUCUGUCAUUGCUGUAUUCUCUUUAAGGAUUUCAGACGAGCCAUCCAAACCAGCCAGCAGCAUAGCUCAGUCAGCAGUAAAAUCUAAGUAUUGAGAGUGACAUCUAGUGGUAUGUCACUUCUGUUGUCGUUUUCCUGUCCUGCUCCUAUUGAGCCCCUGUUCUGGCAGCAUGAUGUGCUCCAGUGAGGAUACAGUACCAAACCAAAUUGUUGACUGUCAGUGUGUGAGGUGGAUGUUUUGACACACAGGCAGAUUUACACAAGAGACAACUUAACCCACAUGUGACUUGCAUCUGGCUUCCCUUUCACUAUAGGCCAGUUUUUUAAACUAAUUUAUUUCUCUAUAGCAAGGCCUCCCAAUUUGGCCCGUUCUCCCUUUGUUUUGGCCCCGCCAUGGCAUUUGAGAUGCUCAUACUUAUUCUCCUCUUAUUUUGAAAGUGCUGUAAAAUCAUAACUGUAGACUAAUGAUACGAAACAUACAUUUUGUGCUGGUAAACUGCCCUAUUAAAUUAAGUAUGUAAGUUUUAUCUACGAAGAAUUACAAGAAUUACGGUAUUCUUUCUCUCUAACGCUCCCCCUUCACAUGCUGUGAGCCAUGCUUAAGCAUUGGCUUUGAGUCAACCAGUCAAGAUGGAGGCAGUGUUUAAAAUAAAAUUUAGUAAGUCAGCUGGAGCCCUAAUGUUGAAAGACUUUUGACAGACUUCAUGUCUCCCACUGAUAUUGCAAGUGAUAAAUGACUGUAAAAGGUCUGUAAUAUGUGAGAUAUAUGCAGAUUUAAGAGCAGUGUUAUUUUCGAAAUUUUUAUUUUAGAUUUAGAAUGUUAAUUUUCUAUAAACUAUACAUUUUCUCAAAACAUCAUCACUUAUUUUUGGCCCAUGGCCUUCCAUCCAAAUCAAUUUUUGGCCCUUCAUAUGAAAUAAUUUGGGCACCUCUGCUCUAUAGCAUUGCAUAUUCGUGACUUAUAUGUAUGUUAAAAAAACAAUUAUUAGUGAUUAUGUAUUCAUAAUAAAGGUGGAGUCUGUGAUUCUAAUCAAAUACACUUUUUGUCAAAUUCAGCGAAUAUCUAGCUGGUUAGCUGUCCUGUGUGUGCGCUAAAAAAAAAAUAAUCCAGUGUUAAUAAACAGCCCUGGCUCUGUGAAUGGGACAACUCGCAUUAGUGGAUACCGAACUGUAGUAAAGGAAAUUCACUAAGAAAUCUGCAAUUUACAAUGACCAAAACCAAUUGACAUACAGAAAACCUAGUACCUCUGGGACUCCUGAGGGUCCAGGACCUGGUUUUUAGUCCAGCCUCGACCUGUGGCAGCUUUAAUUAAUACAAUCACUGGAAGUCAUUUUUCAGAAACUCUUCAGAAAACUUUCAGAAAUGUCUGAUUCUUUGAUCAGAUUUUGUGUAAAUCAUGUCUGUGUGUAUCAGAACAGAGGUUGUAUUUGUUUUUUUAUCAACAUGUGUUGCAGAUGUUUAUUGUUUGAGUGGUGUCAGCCUACACUCCAUAACUCGACACAGGUAACAACAUUCCUCAUUGCUUCACACCAUGUCUCAUAAUGGCUGUAUUAGCCAUGAAAACAGAUUUGAAGAUUUAUUUUGAGAGAUAAUAAGUAUAAGGCAUGUCUGAAUGGCAAUAUUGUAUCUAAAAGUGUACAAAUGUAAAUAAAUAAAUACAAAAUAAAUUGAAAAAAAAAAUGUAUAAAAGAUGUUGACAAAGAUGUUGAAAGAGAUCCUAAAAUGUCUAAUUAUCAUGUAAAUUAAAGUAUAUGAAGAAUUGCUGCUAAGGUCUGUAAAUUGCACUUCAGUAACAAAUAAAGUGAAUGUUUGUACUGUAUAUGUGAAUAAAACCACAAAAUCUUGUAAUUUUA